GAGAAAGAGAGAGAGGAGGGGAAGGGCACUUUAUUACCCUUUUUUAUGUUGCACGCAUCCAUGACAGAACAGAGAAGGGACAGAGUACUGCUGCGAGCCUGCGACACAAGAGGGCAGAGAAGAAGAGAAGAGGACCAGGAGAAGAGCCAUAGAGGGUGAGAGAAGGAGAGAAGAGAAGAGAAGAACAGAGAGGAAAUGAACUUGAGGAGUUUGAGACAGAAAAAGGUUGAAAGGGAGAGAAGAUGAUGGAAGAUUGGCAGUUGUUUGGUCUGGUAGAAUGGGUUUCUUGAAGUGCAUGCAUCAUCUUAGGAGUGAUUUUGGGGUUGAAGUCCGAUUGAAGAAGGGUGCUCAGAUUUCCUAUUAAUGGCUGAGAUGUUUUUUUGGACAACCUCUUUCUUUUGUUCUGUCACUGAGUAGUAUAUCUGAGAACUCUUCUUAUCUUGAAAGCUAUCUCUAUUUCUGCUCUUCUUCUUCUUCUUCAAUCAUCAUCAUCCUCGUGUUCCUUCUGUUUGAAUCUGGAUUUUCUUUGGUGUUGUUUUUGGAGAACUUUUUUUUUCUGGUAUUUAGAUGAGGGGAAUGCCCUUUAGUUUGCAGGGGAAGGGGGUGUUAGAAGUUGCAGAGAUUUCAGACUACUCUUAUUCGAUUUCUUCGGUGUCAGGGAGCAAGUGGAAGGAGGGUAGCUGCGUGGGCAGCGAACCAACCUCUGUACUGGAUCCAAGAAGGAGUCCCAGCUCACCCACAUCGACCUCAACCCUGUCAUCUUCGUUGGGCGGAGGAGGCGGCUCAACCGACACCGCCGGUGUGGCGGCAGUUUCCGAUCACCCCUCAGAGAAAUGGCUGCCUACCCAGCAGCUGGACAGCUCGACUGCAGCUGAGCCACCUGGGGUUGGUGGUUUUGUACGCAAGGACGAAUGGGCAUCGGAGCUUCAACCGAUUCCGGCUGCGUUAGAUAUUGUUAGCGGGAGUGGUACUGGUGCAGAAAAAUGUGGCCUUGGAAUGGAGGAUUGGGAGAGCAUGUUAUCAGAAUCGGCAGCCUCGCCUGGGCAAGAACAGUCGCUACUCCGAUGGAUCAUGGGCGAUGUCGAAGACCCUUCUUCGGGCUUGAAGCAGUUGUUGCAAGGUGGAGGUGGUUCGGAGUUCGAAGCCAAUGCUAGUAGCUUCGGGAUCGUCGACCACGGUUUCACUUUUGAGCCCAGUGGAGGAGGUGGAGGUGCUUCGGCUAGUUGUGGUGGUAAUGUGAUGGGUACCAUAAAUCCUUCUCUAUCUGUUCCUGGGUUCACUGCAAAUACCAACGCCACCACGACCGUCACCACCACCACCACCAACAGCCAAAAUGGAAGGGUCGGUCCAGUCCCCAAUACAGCUUAUCUUCCUAAUCACAAAAUGCCUUGUUUUGUUCCUAACAGCAGCUGUAACCCUCCCAACCCCAUUUUCUCUUCAUCUCCUAACAACCUCCCUCUGAAUCACCCUCUCCCUCUUUCUUUACCUCAUGGUGGUUUUUAUCAGCAGCAGCAGCAAACUCAUCUUGAGCCCUCAGAGGAAAAGCCUCAGCUUUUCAAUCCACAAUUGCUGGUAAACCAGCAACAAGUCAAUCAACCUCACAACCAGCCCUUCUUCGUGCCAUUAUCUUUCCAGCAGCAAGAGCAGCACCACCUACUUCCUCCUCAAGCGAAGCGCCACCACGCUGGUGUGGUUGACCCGACUUCUCAGAUCCCCAAGGUUCCCUUUACCGAUUCAGGUCAAGAGCUUUUCCUGCGGAGGCAACAGCAGCCGCAAUCGACCUUCUCUCACCAGCUACAAUUGCCUCCUCAUCAUCUUCAACAGAGGCCAACAAUGGGGCCAAAGCCGAAGGUGAUGGGCGCAGGUGACGAAGUGGUUCAGCAGCAACAGCAGCAGCAGCAGGCGUUGGUCGACCAGCUCUUCAAGGCCGCCGAGCUGGUUGAGACAGGGAAUUCGGUACACGCGCGAGGGAUAUUGGCGCGGCUCAAUCACCAGCUCCCAGUUGGAAAGCCCCUCCAAAGGGCUGCGUUCUACUUCAAGGAGGCCCUGCAACUGCUCCUCCUUACCAACAACACUGGCUCCUCUCCUCCACAGAGAAAUUCAACCCCCUUCGAUGUUGUUCUCAAGAUUGGCUCCUACAAGGCGUUCUCAGAGAUAUCUCCACUGCUGCAAUUCGCAAACUUCACCUGCAACCAAGCCCUCCUUGAAGCACUCAAUGGGUUUGAUCGGGUUCACAUUAUAGACUUUGAUAUUGGUCUUGGCGGGCAAUGGGCGUCCUUCAUGCAGGAGCUCGCAGUGAGGAUUGGUGGUGCCCCUACCUUGAAGAUCACUGCGUUUGCCUCUCCGUCCUCCCAUGAUCCACUCGAGCUUGUUCUCACCCGGGAGAACCUGACCCAUUUCGCUAACGACCUUGGCAUUGCAUUUGAGCUUGACAUUAUGAUCCUUGAUUCCUUCGAUCCAGCUUCGUGGUCACUUGCCCUCCCUAUCACAGAGAGUGAAGCAAUUGCAGUGAACCUCCCUAUUGGGUCGGCUUCCAAUCACCUAUCCUCUGUCCCCUCCCUCCUUCGUUUUGUCAAACAGCUCUCCCCCAAAAUUGUGGUCUCUGUAGACCGUGGUUGUGAUCGCAGCGACCUCCCUUUUUCACAGCACUUCCUCAGUGCGCUUCAUUCGUAUUCAUUCCUAUUGGACUCACUAGAUGCAGUAAACGUCAAUUCAGAUGCUGUGCGCAAGAUUGAGAGGUUUCUAUUCCAGCCAAGGAUUGAGAGCAUUGUAUUGGGAAGGCAGCGUGCCCCGGAAAAACUGCCGCCAUGGAGGUCUCUCUUUGCUCAAGCUGGGUUCACCCCAUUAACAUUCAGCAAUUUCACUGAGACCCAGGCUGAAUGCCUGGUUAAGAGGUUUCAAAUUAGAGGAUUCCACGUUGAGAAGCGCCAGGCAUCGCUCGUGCUCUACUGGCAGCGGCGGGAGCUUGUCUCAGCAUCUGCUUGGAGGUGCUAAGGAGAGAAAUUUGUUACAGGCAGGAAGGUUGGCUUGUACCCCGGUUACAGACCCUUCACAAAGGUGCCAUACAACUUACUCUGCUCUUUGAUCGUAAUAAACCCUGAGACUAUGGACAAUCUAUGAUGGUGGCCCUUGUUUUGUGACGGCUUCCUUGUGCGUUUUCUUGCCUGUGAUUCUCCUAUGCCAAUUGUCUGUGUUGUUAGACAUUGUUUCUGAGCAAAAACAAAACAUUUGAGAAAUUGGAAGGUGUAGUACAGUAUUUUCUUUCAUUUCUUUUCCUUUUUUCACUCCCUUAUAUGACUAUUUUGGACAUGGGUAUUACAGCUAAGUUGUUCUAGUGUUAAUGUUAGAAAGCAGCACUUUACUUCUGGUUCAGGUGGUGGUGGUGGUGGUUUCUUGUACACUUGACAACAAAGGCAAAAACAGAAAAGGAAAAAGAAUUUAACCCCCAAAAUUUAGUU